ACCGAUACCAUAGUCGCCGUCAUCGCUGGAAGAAAUAAACACGACACCCAAUGGCUGAAUCACCCCCGCAGUCUCCAGGCCCAACAGCAGAAGAAAUGCGCGAGCCCACCCCCGAUGCCCCCGCCGCGGAAACCAGUCCCGAUUCCGCUGUACCAAACACCACCACCGAAGACACAACAGCAGUCCCAACGGCUCUAGCAAAGCCGAAGAAGAGCACAAAAAAGAAGCGCCGUCCAGCCCGCCCACAAGUUGACCCGUCAACCUUUAAAGGCGGCGAAAUCCCCCCUCAGACGGGUACGGUGUUCAACAUUUGGUAUAACAAGUGGUCCGGUGGCGAUCGCGAGGACAAAUACAUAUCCAAGAGCCAUGCCGAGGGCCGCUGCAACAUCCCCCGCGACUCAGGAUAUACCAAGGCUGAUAAAGUCCCCGGAAGCUACUUUUGUCUAUUCUUCGCGAGGGGAUUGUGUCCUAGGGGUGCCGAUUGCGAAUACCUUCAUCGAUUACCGAAGGUUACGGAUCUGUUCAAUCCAAACGUAGACUGCUUUGGCCGGGACAAGCAUUCGGACUACAGGGAUGACAUGGGUGGUGUGGGAAGCUUCAUGAGACAGAACCAUACACUUUAUGUUGGUAGGAUUCACGUCAGUGAUGAGAUAGAGGAGAUUGUUGCAAGGCAUUUCUCAGAAUGGGGACAGAUCGAGAGAAGUAUAGCCCCUCAUACUAUUUAUUACUCGCUUUUUUUUUCUUCCAACAUUUUUAUUUUAUUUUAUAGGCCAUCGUUGCUGACUAAAUUCCUAGUUCGAGUGCUCAACUCCCGCGGUGUCGGAUUCGUCACAUACUCCAACGAAGCAAACGCUCAAUUUGCGAAGGAAGCAAUGGCACACCAGUCGUUGGACCAUAAUGAGAUCCUGAACGUUCGCUGGGCUACAACGGAUCCCAACCCUAUGGCGCAGGCGCGUGAGAAGCGACGCAUAGAAGAACAGGCUGCUGCUGCCAUUCGGCAGGCCCUCCCCGAGGAGUUCGUCGCCGAGUUGGAGGGGAAGAACAAGGAUGCUUCAAAGAAGCGAAGAAUUGAAGGUAGCUUUGGGCUGAGGGGAUAUGAAGUUCCGGAGGAAAUCUGGUAUGCUAGAGGGCCCAACGCUGUAAACCCAGCUGGGCGAGAGGUGGGGGGACAGACCGGCGGGUUGAUGAUGGAGCAGGCGGCCGGGGGCAGCAGUGUCGGCGAUGAAGCAGCAAAGGAGCAAGUGGGCAUAUUUUCCAGACAGACUUUGGAGGCGUUACGGGGUUUAAAUAGGGGAUCGAGCGGGCCGCCAAAGGUGGCAUUGAAGACGUCAAAUUUUUCCACAGGAUUGGCUCUACCUGCUGAUUAUGGCAGCGAUAGCGAUUGAAGUGUGUGGGAACUCCCACCCGGUACCCCUUUGCUGUAUCAUACAACACCUUGUUCUUCAUUCUAAUUUACUUUGGAUUUCAUGGGUUGGGUCUCUGGGCUGAUGUAUUCUAUUAAAUUCGUUCUUGAUUCCAAAGAAAGGAGAACAUCUCCC